AUUUAGAGAGUUGUUCUGGCAUUUGAGUCUUAAAUGAUAAGAGGAAAACAAGAGAAGAGACCAAGUUCCAAUGGGACUGAGAAGGUUCUUGUUGCUGUUAAAGCAUCUAGGGAGAUUUCAAAAACAGCAUUAGUUUGGGCUUUGACUCAUAUUGUUCAUCCUGGAGACUGCAUAACUCUUGUUGUUGUUGUCACUUCUCACAAUGCUGGUCGAAAGCUUUGGACUCUCCCAAGGUUUGCUGGAGAUUGUGCAAAUGGUCAUAGGAAAUCACAUUCUGAUGCAAUCCCUGAGUUAAAAACUGAUCUCACUGAUACUUGUUCCCAAAUGAUUCUCCAGCUACAUGAUGUCUAUGACCCAAACAAGGUUAAUGUCAGGAUCAAGAUUGUUUCUGCAUCACCAUGUGGAGCAGUUGCAUCUGAGGCCAAGGAGUCACAAGCAACUUGGGUAGUUUUGGAUAAGCACCUUAAGCACGAAGUGAAACGGUGCACUGAUGAGCUACAAUGUAACAUUGUGGCGAUAAAGCGUUCUCAGGCCAAAGUUAUGCGGUUGAACUUGGUCGGUUCACCAACAACAAAAGAUACAGUGAAAGAGAACAGAAGCAGGUCGUUAGGUUCUGCUGGAGCUGUAGUUACAACUUCUGUGAGCAGUCCUGAGGUUGGCACACCAUUCACAGGUACAGAAGCUGGGACUUCAUCAGUGGCUAGCUCUGACCUUGGAACAUCAUCGCCUAUAUUCACAGUGGAGGUGAAAAAGAAUGAUGCUAAUGCUUCUCAAGUAUCUACAUUACUUGAGUUUGAUGGAGGAGAAACCAAGCUUUCUUCUAGGAGUGACUUGGAGGAGAUAAGAGGAGCAAGAAAUGCUCCUCCUGUUCCACCUCCUCUCUGCUCUAUUUGUCAGCACAAAGCACCUGUAUUUGGAAAACCACCGAGGUUUUUCUCUUACAAAGAGUUAGAGAUUGCAACAAAAGGGUUUUCACAGUCUAACUUCUUGGCAGAAGGAGGGUUUGGAUCUGUUCAUAGAGGUGUGUUACCAGAAGGCCAAAUUGUAGCAGUAAAGCAACACAAACUAGCUAGUACUCAAGGAGAUGUAGAGUUUUGCUCUGAAGUAGAGGUUUUGAGCUGUGCUCAGCACAGAAACGUGGUUAUGUUAAUAGGUUUCUGCAUUGAACAAAGCAGAAGACUCUUGGUCUAUGAAUACAUAUGCAAUGGAUCAUUAGACGCUCAUCUAUACGGUCGCCAUAAAGACACUUUGGAGUGGUCUGCAAGGAAGAAAAUAGCGGUUGGAGCAGCUCGAGGUCUUAGAUAUCUUCAUGAAGAGUGUAGAGUGGGCUGCAUUGUUCACAGAGACUUAAGGCCUAACAAUAUACUAAUCACUCAUGACUACGAACCACUGGUUGGAGAUUUUGGUUUAGCACGGUGGCAGCCUGAUGGAGAACUCGGUGUAGACACGCGUGUAAUUGGAACUUUUGGGUACUUAGCUCCAGAGUAUACUCAAAGUGGACAAAUCACAGAGAAAGCUGAUGUUUACUCGUUUGGGGUUGUACUAAUCGAGUUAAUCACGGGUCGUAAAGCCAUGGAUAUCUCCAGACCAAAAGGACAACAAUGUUUAACUGAAUGGGCUAGGUCUAGAUUAAAAGAAUAUGCGGUUGAAGAGCUUGUUGAUCCGAGGCUGGAGAAGAGAUACUCAGAAACAGAAAUUAUCUGUAUGAUUCAUACAGCUUCGUUGUGUAUACGCAGAGAUCCAGCUUUGCGUCCUCGGAUGUCUCAGGUGUUGCGUUUGCUGGAAGGAGAUAUAGUAGUGAAUGAGAGGUUUAGUGGAAGAUUAUCGAUUGAGAGAAGUCAGAAAUCAGUGAGAUUUUUAUGUAUUAAUGAUAGUAUUACGACUAAAUAAAGUAAUUAAUCAACAAAAC